GGCUUGUCUGAUAUCACAGAAUAAGACUUCUGCUCCGAUUAUAUAACUUAGAUUCACGUCGAGCUUGAGGUAGCACGUGUCUUGGGCAGGAAGUUCACACGCAGGCAGCGGCGAACGCUAGCGUACUUCGGCUCACCCCGCCACUAUUGUACAUCAACCAUCCAAGAAACACAGCAAUUGCAAACCCUCGCAUUUCCUUCUGUCAUUUGUGCUGCUCAGUCGGUGACGUGUUAUUCACGUGUACUCAAAGCGGGUUAUUCCCGGGUAUACUUUCCUCAACUAUCUGCGCUAAAGACUUUUGUCUACAACUUUCCUGCGCCUCCUCUUCCUCGAAGUCAUCAACAAGGAACAGCUCUCAGCAUCACAACUUGCAUGAUAAGAACCCCGUCAAGAUGUUGAAGAUCUGGUCUAUGAAGCAGAAGCAGCAGCAGGAUGCUAACGCAGAUGCUGCUGCAGGCACAAGAAAGAAGAAGGUUACCGCUGCACAACUCCGAGUUCAGAAGGAUCUUUCCGAGCUUGCGUUACCAAGUACCAUGAAGACCGAGUUCCCAGACCCAGACGAUAUCCUAUACUUUAACCUCACAAUCGAGCCGGAUGAGGGCAUGUAUAAGGGUGGCAGAUUCCACUUCACAUUUGCUAUCAGUCAAAAUUUCCCACACGAGGCCCCCAAGGUCAAAUGCACGCAGAAGAUCUAUCACCCCAACAUUGAUCUGGAAGGAAAUGUCUGCCUUAACAUCUUGCGAGAGGACUGGAAGCCGGUGCUGAACUUGAAUGCUAUCAUCGUUGGUCUACAGUUCCUCUUCCUCGAACCAAAUGCAUCCGACCCUCUGAACAAGGAAGCGGCUGAGGAUCUGCGAUCCAACAGAGAAGGGUUCAAGCGAAACGUUCGAUCUUCUAUGGGUGGAGGAACGGUCAAGAACCAGACCUUCGAGAGAGUCUUGAAGUGAGAGUCUGGCGGAGAUUGGCAUGAUUAUGACAGAGAAUACCCACCAGGCACAUGCCACAUAGAUUUGCGAAAUACGAGGGUCAUGGCAUAUUGAGGCGUUGAUAAUGGGUGGAUUUGGGAAUAGAUACAUGGUCUCGUGCCUAUAAGCGGGUAGAAAUGAUUCUCUACAAACUUGACUGCGAACCCACGAUCACUGCGAGAAGUACCCAAGUAUACAAAAACAAAAAUUGAAGCCAUCUCAAUUUUUCGUGC